CCGAUUAACUCCCUUGUUCGGAGAGUUCGAAGUCCAAUGUGACGCGUGUAUGUCAGCUGUUUGAUCGAUGCUCAUCACGACAAGUUGUGGAACACGGCCAGAAUUCAUUGUUAGGAGUUGUCAAUGGCUGCCAUGGAUUCUUCACAGGACAAUAUAAAAGUUACCAAUAUCACCUCGACUCUCACCCUGUACGAAAGCAGCAUUAAACCUGCGUCACAAAAUAAUGUGAUAGCGGACACUUUAGUACUAUUUUUCGGCUGGCUUAAUGCGAAACCGGAAACCCUGGACAAAUACCGGAAGUUAUAUCUGUCACGUGGUUUUGACGUGCUAUUUAUAAAUGGUAAACUCUCUCACUUCGCAUGGCCACCAGGCUCUGUUCAGGCAAGUUUUGAAUUAUUGCAGCUUUUGAAAAAAAAGUUUGACCGCUACGAUCACUACUUGGCCCAUGGUGUCUCUGUCGGAGCAUAUAACUACACAAUAUGUUUACAAAUGGCGACUGACAUGCCGGUCCAUUGCGGUCAUUUCAGUGAGAAACUGAAGGGCGUGGUUCUAGACAGCACGACUUGUGGGUCACUCUCACGAAUGGCCGUAGGGGUCAGCCAGGGGGUAACAAACAGUGCGUUUCUCAGGAAAAUAAUUCAGAAAUCUAUGGAAUAUUACUUUGCAAUCACACGUCGACACACUGCUGAUUUUUACGAGAAAGAAGUUCAGUUCUUUAUUGAUUGCCCGGCAGAGGUACCGACUCUGAUCCUGGCUUCACGUGACGACCCCAUGUCCGAUCCCCAGGUCGUUGAGGAUAUACACAGUCGAUGGGAGGCUAUUGGUAGUUUCAAGGUGUUCUACAAGAUGUGGGAGACUAGUACUCACGCGGCUCAUUAUAGAAGCCACCCGGAGGAGUACCUGACCCAUCUUGGGGAGUUUCUUGCUGCAUACGAACAAUGUGCUGCCACAGGCAACAAAACCAAAGGCCCACAGUCCAAGUUGUGAUGAAACGUUAAAGCAAAGGGUUCCUUUUUUUUUCUUUCUCUUUUUUUUUAGUUUGUUAUAUGUUCAUUUAUGACGUGUGCUUAUUUCUUCAAAUACCGUAUUGACAGACAUUUCCCAUGUGACAAGAGGAAUAUCUUGUGUGUUGGAUGGGUGGAAUGGCAUGCAAUGUUUCCAUCACGUAAGCUAUGUAAAAGUCUUUGCUCGCCUUGUGCGAACUGUGAAGCGAAAUGUGUCUUGUGAUAUAGUGGUUUUAGCAUGAAUAACAGGUAAGAAUACAAGAUAGGUACAUUCUCACCCACGGGGAUUCCAGGUAAAAAUAACAGCUUAUAAGAGGCGACUAAACGGAUGGGUGGCUCUGUGACUUGGUUGACUGUGUGCCACCAUACAAUGACGUCGUUGGGCUUUGCUCUUUUAAUCAAUCACUGAUUCUAGUAUUGAUUAUUUACAGGCUGUCGUAAUAUAUUGGCAUAUUGCUGAUAAAUAUGUGUUAAAAAUAAAUAAACAAACACUUAUUACAAGACUAGACCCAUCCUCUAGAUAUCCAGGGCUCGUAUUUCACUCACCUAUUCUUGCUUGCCAGACAGUUUUUCAAAGUUGAAUUUCUUGCAAACCCUAUCGUAAUCAACGGGACUGGUCGCCAUCGAGGCUGGUUUGUAACUUGCAUUCUGAUUGGUCCGUUGCACUGAGCAGCGUAGCAAAUCAAAUUGGCUGAUGGAAUUCAAGGGCGGGUAAUUUGAGGGCGCGAGAACCACGGCAAUGGAUCCAGGGAUUAGUGUGGGUUCACCAACAUACGAGCCCUGGAGAUAGACUAGUUACCUAAGUGUACAGAUGACGCAAUGGUCACAGUGAGAACCCUGCUUGCAGGUGGAAGAAAUCCAUCAAUCAGAUGUCUGUUUACAAUUAACUUUGGCAAUAGGGAUCCAUAUUUAUACCAAUUGUUGCCACCUACAUUAAGGAUGACAACAUAGAUGUACAGUAAACUACGUUUAUACGAACACGCUUAUAACGAACUGGCGGAUAUAACGAACUGGCGGAUAUAACGAAUUGUUUUUUUUGUCCCAGCCAUUUGCUGUAUACAUGCUGUAUAAC